UGGUCUCUCUCGUGCAUAUCCAGUGCAACUGGCACUCAAUAACAGUUACUUCGAUUCCAUUGAAAGCAAGCAUCCAGAAAUAAUAAUAAUAAAAAUUGCUAUGAUUGGAUUAGCAGGAAACUUCAUCCCCAGACCAAAAGCCAAAUCAAUUAUUGAAAAAGCUAAUCUAGAAGAAAAAAAAGAAAGCAUUUUCACUUUCUUUUACUUGCAGAUUUUGUAUUCUUGAUUCAAUUUUCAAAAAGCUUAAAGCAUAUAUAGCACUUAGCAGCAUCAGAUCCACUUCCUCUUCCACUAUUCAAGAAUCUCUCCAUUUUCAGACGAUGCUACCAGGGGCUUUCGCAUCCUGAUAAUUGAGUUGAUGGGUGGCAAGAGUUCAAGGGAGGGAAGUUGGAGAACCAAUUCUUCUUUACGUUCAAAUUCAUCGUCGCGGGGGGGUUCAUAUCCUGGCUAUUCUCAAUCCAUAUUUGAUCAAGAAAGUUACAGCUACAACCACGCCCCCCAGCAAUAUCGUCGUCAAGAAAGUUAUAGCUAUAACUACGCACCUCAGCAGUCAUUUGAGUCCCCUCAACAAUAUUCCUCCGCUCAGAACUCUAACAAUGUUAGAAGGCAGCUUGAUAGGAAGUAUUCAAGAAUUGCUGAUGAUUACAAGUCCUUAGACCAGGUGACUGAUGCCCUUGCACGCGCUGGCCUUGAGUCUUCUAAUCUUAUUGUUGGUAUUGAUUUCACAAAAAGUAAUGAGUGGACAGGUGCAAAAUCAUUUAACAGACGGAGCUUGCAUCACAUUGGAGAUGGUUUAAAUCCCUAUGAACAAGCAAUAUCCAUUAUUGGGAAAACUUUAGCUGCAUUUGAUGAGGAUAACUUGAUUCCCUGUUUUGGAUUUGGGGAUGCAUCUACACAUGAUCAGGAUGUUUUCUGCUUCUAUCCAGAUGAAAGAUUCUGUAAUGGAUUUGAAGAAGUUUUGAGUCGUUACAGAGAAAUUGUGCCCAAUCUUCGACUUGCAGGACCGACAUCUUUUGCACCUGUAAUUGAAAUGGCAUCAACCAUUGUUGAGCAGAGUGGUGGCCAGUACCAUGUUUUAUUGAUAAUUGCAGAUGGGCAGGUUACUCGAAGUGUUGAUACAGAGCGUGGCAAGCUAAGUCCCCAGGAGCAGAGGACUGUUGACGCCAUUGUAGAGGCGAGCAAACUUCCCUUGUCCAUUGUAUUAGUUGGGGUUGGAGAUGGACCUUGGGACACAGUGAAGGAAUUUGAUGACAACAUCCCUGCACGAGAGUUCGAUAAUUUCCAGUUUGUAAAUUUCACAGAAAUCAUGUCAAAGCAUGUGGACUCAUCCCGAAAGGAGACAGAAUUUGCCCUUGCUGCUCUAAUGGAAAUUCCUUCUCAAUACAAGGCAACAAUAGAGCUUAAUGUAUUGGGUCGUCAAGAGGGGAAUGUUCCUGAGAGGGUUCCUCUCCCUCCACCUCUAUAUGGUGCAGCAUCUAUCAGCAACUCUAAACCUUCCCGAACUAGUGGUUCUAAACCAAGUGUUCCUUCUUAUCCAGUUGAUAGCCCACCUGCCAGCUCAGCUCCACCUGCUCCAAGUUCAACUUAUGAUAAUCAGGUUUGCCCCAUUUGCCUCACGAAUGCGAAGGACAUGGCCUUCGGUUGCGGCCAUCAGACAUGCUGCGAAUGUGGAGAAAGCCUUGAGUUAUGUCCUAUCUGCCGUAGAGCAAUUCAAAUGAGAAUAAAGCUCUACUAAACUACGCAGUGGUGCAAACGAUUACUCUUCUUUGUUAUAUGAAAAACAUCUUUAAUAUUCUUUGUAAUUCUUUAUGUAAAUAUUGGUUCUUCUGGUAUUAGCUUCGGUUGUAAUAUAUGAUCUUAUUCAAGGAUUCAAAUCAAUGCUGUGUACAUAAUCUUAUUGCAUAGAAUUUUCUCAGUGCUCAUUCACUGUUUCUUCUUCA